GGGCCACCGCAGAGGAAGUGUCGCCGAAGAGUUGCUUCUGCGGUGGGGGGGGGACCCUUCUGCGGAACCACUACCUAGAAGUCAUCUGGGAGGGGCUGUUGCUAAGGGGUCGUCUCCAGGGACCAUUCUUUAAGGGUUGUUGAUAAGGGGCUAUUGCAGAGGGGUUUGGGCAACAGUCCAUUCCUGGGGGACCUUUGCUGAAGUCUCAUCCUGAGGGGCGUUCCUGGACUGACAAGAGAGGUCUCAAGCAUCUUCCCAUCCUCGGCUUCUUAAACACUGAAACCACAGCUAACUUCUGUCUCCCAGUAUGGAAGAACCUACUGCCCAGUUCUCUGACGAGGAGCUGAUGGACAACUUCCCCACCAUGGACGAUGAGAGAAUCCAGUUAGAGGCUCCAGAGUUUGAGGUGGAACCGCUUCCUGUGGGAUUUCAGGACGCCACUGCCCUAGGAUGUAGCUGUUUAGCAAAAGAAGAGGAAGGGAAUGCUGAGAAAGUGAAGAAGAUGAAGAAGACAACCAUCAAAGACAAAGUGGAGGCGUUUCAUCUUCGCAAGAGCUUGAACCUCCUAGACAAACUGCAUGAGGAAAAGGACCUUUUUAUUCAAAAGACUAGAGGGGAGCUGCGUGUCUGUCGUCAGAGGAUGGACCUGCUCAACAAGCAACAGGAGAGCUUGGCGUCUGAGAUAUCCGCGGAGAGAGACGCCAACAACAUGGCUGCUAUGGGCCGUCUUCAGGCUGCAUCCAGACGCCUGCACGCAGAGCUGGAGAAUGAAAAAGAUCUGCAGUCCAAGAUCACGGCCAUGCUGAAGGACAGCGAGAAUUCCAUGUGGCACAUUGAGAUCCAGAAGGGGCAAUUUGAGGAUGUCCGGAAGCGUAAUGAAGAAGAGGCAGAAGCUAGGCAGAGGAGCCUUGAGAUACACGCAGCUCAGCAGCUUCAGAAGGAGAAAGAAACCCUGGAGAAGGUGGAGAGGAACCGUCUGCUGAGGGCCCAGAAGUCCUUGCAUGUGCAGAAGGAGCUGGGGCAGAAACAUCAGAAACUGGUGGAAGAUGCUCAGAAAAACCACAGGAUUGCCGUAAAGUUCCUGAAGGCCUCUCUGGGAAGAAUUCGAGAGCGAGAGCAGGAGGAGGAGAUGGAGUCCCGCAAGCACAUGAAACAGCGCAUGGAUGCUGUGCUGGCGUUGAAGAACAGCAUCACUGCCAGUCGGGAAACACUGAAGAAGUUCCAAGCCUGGGGCCAGAGUAGGGCAGAGCUGGCUAAGCAGAAGGCCCUUACGGAGAAGGAGGUGAUCCUGGCCCAAGGUGGCGACGCGUUCAAGCACCUUGUUCAUCAGCGCAGGCACCAGGAGCUGGAAGCCCAGAAACGGGCUUUUGAAGAGGAGCAGAAACUCCGGAAGCAGGAGAUUGUAAGUCGAAUCUUGAAAGAGGAAGCUGAGGAGGAAAACAGGAAAAAGAAACAGCACCCACCCCCUAAAGCCACAGACGGACGGACUCUGCGGGACAAGACCUGGAAGUACAUCUCCGACUUCUGCGAGGGGAAGGCUGCGAUGCCCGCAAGUCACCUGCUGGAAAAUGAGAUAGCCUUACGCCCCAAGCCCACCUGUCUGCUGAAAGCCAUAUCCAGUGAGUCUAUGCAGAUGGACCUGGGGAGCAUUAGUACCGAGGAGGAGGUCCUGGCUGAACCAGAUAUCCCCGGGCUUUGGAGCAAAGAGUACAAGACACACCAGGUGUCCAAGAAGGACAUGGAACAGAAACCUGUGGGUGGUACCAAGAUGGACAAGGACAUCCUGGCUCGCACGAUGGAGCAGCUGCGCGGUGGGGUGGUCCAUAAGCAGGUGGUCUCUGGGAGGGAGUUCAAGGGUCGACCGUUCAACAGCAAGCCCGAGGUCAUUCACUUCAAGGACUUUGAUAUUGGCAAAGUGUACAAGAAGAAGAUCACAUUGAUAAAUGCUACUUACACAAUCAACUAUUGUAAGCUGGUGGGUGUGGAGGAGAACCUGAAGGACUUCAUCCAUAUUGACUUUGACCCCCCUGGUCCCAUGUCAGCCGGGAUGUCCUGUGAAGUUCUGGUCACCUUCAAGCCUAUGUUGUCCCUUGACAAGGAGCUCAUUGAGUUUGGCAGCUAUGUGGUGGGUGAGACCACGUCCCGGACCAUCACACUGACCAAUGUUGGGGGCCUGGGCACCAGAUUCAAGUUUCUCCUGGAUUCUGAGUUCUUUGAGAUGGAAGAACCCCAACCCAUCAUGAAAAUAAGCAGCCUCUACACCUGUGAGGACAAAAGUCUCUAUGAGAAGAUCAUUACUAGUCUCUCUGAGCAACAGCUUGACAUCAAUGAAUCCUCCCCAGUGGACAUCCCGAGCCAAAAAGAAUCCGAGAAAGAUGAAAUGGAGAUUAUGCCUGCGGCCAGUGUCAUAACCAUGGCUCCCAGUGAGGAACAGGCAGAGAUAACCUUGGGGGAGGUAACAGAGGGAGAAAUCGGCCCCUUCAGUUCCGUCAAAAUACCCAUUAUCUUCACCCCAGUUAUUCCAGGAGAGGUCCAGACUAAGUUCAAGGUUAUGUUUAAGAAUUCGCAGUGUCCCACGUUAUAUUUUAGGGCCACGGGUAUUGCCGUCGAUGUGCCAGUCUGGGUGCCGAGGGCCACCGUGGACCUGAAGAUCUGUAUGUACGACCGACUCUACCAGGACUCCAUCAUUGUCCACACGAGAUCCAAAGCAGCCCUGCGCCUAAAGUUUGAAGUCUGCAAGGAGCUGAGAGGCCACAUGGAGCUUCUGCCAGAAACAGGCUACAUCCAGGCCCAGUCCUCCUACUCCGUACAGCUCAAGUUCCUGCCUCGACACUCCCUCCCUGAGGAUGCAGGGAAGUAUUUUGACGAGAACAGUCGCGUUCUGGAGGCUCCAAUGACAAUCUGGGUGGCUGACCAGAACAAACCCGUGGGGUUCACUGUCCAAGCCGUCGUCACCACCUCAGACUUGGAAAUCAGCCCCUUGGAGAUAAACUUCGGCUACUGCACCAUCUAUGAGGCUAUCAGGACAGAAAUCAGCCUCAGCAACCUCUCACUACUGCCCCAGGAGUUUGGGUUCGUCGGACUUCCAAAGUAUGUGGACAUCCAGCCCAAUGAUGGGUUCGGAACAAUUUUGCCGCUGGAAACUUUGCAACUUGAUGUGAUCUUCCAGCCCAUUAAGGCCAAGGAAUACAGAUUUGAGCUGAUUUGCAAAUCCGAAAUAAACCGGUGCUUCAAGGUGUCUUGCCAAGCAGUGGGUGUCCACCCACCCCUGGAGCUGUCCCACUACCAGAUCAAGUUUUCAGCCACGGCCCUGUGUGGCACCACUGUAUCUAGACUGUACGUCAUCAAUUCUCACCUGAGCAUGAACAAACUGACCCACUCCUUGCCUCGAAUUGGGUCUGAGGAAGCCACCCCAGUGGGACCCACAUCCUUUGAGUUCUUGCUGCCCCCUAAUUCACCCAUCACCAUCUCACCAUCCGUGGGGACUGUGUUGCCAGGAAAGAAGUGUUUGGUCCAAGUGGUCUUCCAGCCUGUGCUGCCGCAUGAGGUAAUCCUGAAGGAAGCCAUGCAGAUCCUGAACAAGGAAAAGGAGAACAAACCGUUCCAAAAAGAAACAGUCCAAAGGAAGGAAACGUGGAAACCGUCCAUGCCUGUGGUUCGUGUUCACAACCGGGACCGACCAAGCCGGGCCUCCACGCCCCACACUCCAGAGCUGCAUAGGCAGGAGCUCAGUGUCAGCUCCAAUGAAUACCAAGCUGCACAAGCCAACUUGGCCAGAUCCUUCCAGGGGAAGUUUGACAGGAUUGUGGUCCCCUGUGUUGUUGCCAGUGGUGACAUCAAAGACAGGAAGGAAUUGGAACCUCUGAGCUUCAGCCCCCAUAAUACUCUAUAUCUGGAGCUGUGGUGUCCAGCAGUGGCUCCGUCCAUUGUGCUGACAUCCAACAAAGGCAAUAGUGUCCUUAACUUUGGUGACAUUGCUGUAGGGCAUCGAAGUAUAAAGAAGAUCACCCUCCAGAACAUUUCCCCUGAGGACCUUGCUUUGGAGUUCUCAGUGCUGAGCCCCAAUGGCCCCUUCGUUCUGAUAAACCCCUCCAGGAAGCUGUGUUCUGGCGAGUCACAAACCCUGGCACUGUCCUUCUCUCCCCAUGAGAGCACGCUGGUUCAAGAAAUCCUGGACAUCAUCACCAAGAGAGGCACUCUCAGCCUCACCCUGACCGGCACAGGUGUGGCAUCCAUGAUCACAUGCUCCAUUGAAGGCAACAUCCUCAACAUGGGCUAUGUGCUUGCCAGAGAAUCUGUCUCAACAACUUUUAAGCUGCAGAAUGAAUCCUCACUUCUUAUUAAGUUCUGGAUGCAGCUGGAGAGCCUCUCCAAAAAAAGGGAUGAGACCCGGCAGCAACUACCAAAGUUCCUUACCUCCCGUGAGCAGAGGACUGAGAUUGUUGGCACACAGAACCACAACGGGCAGAGCGUAUUCAGUGUUGCUCCAGUUGAGGGACUCAUGCACCCUGGGAAGGCUCAAGAAUUCACUGUGACCUUCAGUCCAGACCAUGAGAGCCUCUACUUCUCUGACCUGCUCCAAGUGGUGCUCUUUGAAAAGAAAGUCUCCCAUCAGAUCCUCCUGAAGGGUGCUGCCCGCGAGCACAUGAUGUUUGUGGAGGGAGGAGACCCACUGGAUGUGCCUGUGGAGUCCCUGACAGUGAUCCCUGCCUUGGACACAGAACAUAGAGAAGAAGCUGAGGAGAUAAAGCCCAUUCUGGUGACCUUGAACUAUGUCCAGUUUGACACAGACACGCCAAUCCCACCUGCCACCCGAGAGCUGCAAGUGGGCUGUAUCCGGACUACCCAGCCGUCACCAAGGAAGUGGUCUCAAUGCCUCGCAGACUGUGGAGUUCAGCCUGGAUGGUGUCGCAUGGCUACAGCACAAGGGCUUCUCCAUCGAGCCGUCCAGGGCUUCUGUGGAGCGUGGUCAGACCAAGACCAUCAGCAUCUCCUGGGUACCACCUGCUGACUUUGAUCCGGACCAUCCACUCAUGGUGUCAACCCUACUGCAGCUCCGGGGAGACGGAAAGGAAACCUACAAAGUCAUCUUUGUAGCCCAGGUGGUGGCUGGGAUCUGAGGUCACAGGAACCCGCAGAGCCUCUUGGACCCUCCCACCCACCCUUGAACUCCUUCCCAGCCUUGUGGGCCAGGUCAACCCAUUCCCCUAGGCCUGGGACCUGGGUAUUUCCUGCUGGGCAGGUUCAAAUGAAGAAUCCCAGAGACAGAGCUCCCCUGCCCUAAAGACAUGGCUACUUCCUGCUGCCCUGAGAACAACAAGACUCCCCCGCCAUACACACAGCCAAGAAUACUAAUCCAUCCUCACACAGCCUGUUCCUAGAUGCCCCACCCCCACCCCCAGAUCCCAAGCCCACCAGCACCUCCUCAGGCUUUAGAGAUCCCAGGAGAUAGCGCAGGCCUGUCAAUAAACU